CCUGGAGUUUAUUAUUUCCUGGUUGGUGUGAUAUUGUUGGAAAAUCAUGUGAUGUUGCCUGGAAUGCAGCAGCAAAUAUAUUUCCUGCCAGGGCUACGGAUCAAUUGAAAAGGGCUACGUAACUGGGAAACUAACAGACUGGAAUGUUGAUACGACACACGCAACACACGCAGCGUGUACUGGCUCAUUCAAACUUAACUCUUUAGCUGCCACAAGAAGUCCAUGGUGACACAGCAUGGAAACACACCACGGGGAUCGGACAUACAGACAUGUGUUGGAUAUUGGAUUCCCACACACAUAUCAUCUACUACUGAGUAUUUUAGUUUCCCUAUGUCGGCUAGAGUGAAGCAUCUCCAGAUUGAAUCACAUGGGACUGGAUGCUGGACACAUGUAGUGACACCUUAGUGACACCUAUAGCUCCAGCUUGUACUAGUAGUUAGACAACUCUCUCACUCGUCCACCAUGACACAAAGCGAUGACGUUGACCCUGACUUGCCCUCUCAGGACAAGGCCAAGGAGUUCUACGCCAAGUAUGAACCCAAAGAAGUUCUUGGAAAGGGUGUGUCGAGCACAGUGAGACGAUGUGUGGAGAAGGCAUCAGGGACAGAGUACGCUGUCAAGAUCAUCGACAUCAGCGGGGAGAAGGGGGAGGAACACCAGGUGGAACAGCUGAGACGCGACACCUCUCGGGAGAUCAACAUCCUGCGCAUGUGUGCCCGGACACCCACAUAUCAACACCCAUAUAUUAUUGAGCUCCAUGAUGUGUUCGAGACACCUACAUUUAUCUUCCUGGUGUUUGAACUUUGUAAGAAGGGGGAGCUGUUCGACUACCUCACAGAGGUUGUGUCAAUGUCAGAGAAGAGGACACGGAUCAUCAUGACCCAGCUACUCGACGCGGUAGAGUACGUCCACUCCAAGAACAUCGUACACCGCGAUCUAAAGCCAGAGAACAUUCUACUGGAUGACAAUCUGAAUGUGAAGCUGUCUGACUUUGGCUUUGCUACAGUACUGGCUCCAGCUGAAGAACUCACAGAGUUGUGUGGUACCCCUGGCUACCUGGCACCGGAGGUUCUCUCAGUGUCCAUGUACGACAACGUGCCAGGGUACGGCAAGGAAGUAGACAUGUGGGCAUGUGGAGUCAUCAUGUAUACACUGCUGUGUGGAUCUCCGCCGUUCUGGCAUCGGAAGCAGAUGAUGAUGUUGCGAGCUAUCAUGCAGGGUAACUACCACUUCAACAGCCCCGAGUGGGACGACAUCACAGAACCUCCUAAAGAACUGAUCUCCAAGCUGCUGGUGGUGAAUCCGUCACAGCGGUUCACUGCAAAGGAAACUCUAGCACAUCCAUUCUUCAAGAGAGAGUUUGGUCCUGUGAAGAAGUUCCAUGCUAGAAGAACAUUCAGGGCUGCAAUCUUGUGCACAAGAUUCUUCUUCCGUUUAAGGCAUUUUUACGAAAACCCACCCCCUAUAUCAUUGGAUGUGGUGACAACUAACCCGUACAGCGUCAAAUUGUUCCGGAAGCUGAUAGAUGGAUGUGCAUUUGGAAUGUAUGGACACUGGGUUAAAAAGGGAGAUAACCAAAACCGAGCAGCUCUGUUCGAGCAUUCUCUACGAGAUGACUGGAAGAAUGAUGUGAAACUUUAAUGACAUGUUGUGCUUAGAAUUGUUCAAUUUCUAUGGAGAAUUCAUCAAAAGUACUCCCUAGCUGCUCACGGUUGAACAAUGGAUGUGGAUGUGACCCAUACCUCAUACUAUUACUGUAGAGUUGACUCUCCUGGUGUUGUCAGUGGAUGUCAUGUUAACAUGUUUUACAGCCCCAUCGUUCCUGCAUCUCGGUGUGCAUGAAACAGGAAUCGGAUUCCUGGAUCACUCGCUGACUGGAUUGCCAGUCUCACCUCUGCAUUGUUGCCUGCGCACAAUUCUCCAAAUGUGGUGCCACUGUACCACUACAGAUGCCUCGGAUAAACGGGGAAUUGUUUCUGACUAGAACAUGUCCGCUUCAGUGUGUAACAGCGUUCUGUGAUACAGCCCUUUGCCCUACACCUUUCCUCUCUAUAAUUAAUUAACACAUACUCAGAAUUCAGUGAGUUCGGUGAAGUGAAUGGUUAGGGUGUCGGAUUGUUUAUUCUCAUACUGGAUUGGAUUUGAUGCUGUCUGGAUGCAGUCUGUGGAAAUACUGACCAAGUAGGAGUUGUAUGUAAUGGAAAGUCCAACAUGGAUACAGUCGGUGAAGAUACCAGCCCUGUAGAAGUGGUGUGUUACCCAAUCUAAAGCCCAAGUUUGAAAAGGAUGCAGUCGGUGAAGAUACCAGCCCUGGUAGAAGGAGUGUGUUACCCAAUCUAAAGCCCAAGUUUGAAAAGGAUACAGUCGGUGAAGAUACCAGCCCUGUAGAAGUGGUGUGUUACCCAAUCUAAAGCCCAAGUUUGAAA